AUGUCAUUCAACAGCAGUGCCUCUGCCUUGUCGAACUGGACAUGUGGACAGCGAUGUGCAGUCCAGGAUCAUAACGGGACCCUGUCGGAGAGCAAAUUCAAAUCUGCACUGACACCUGCAGCUGACCUGGUCAUCGGAGUAUUUAUUGCUGUAACAGGAAUCCUAUCUAUUAUAGGAAAUGGCCUUGUCAUUGCUGUCUUUAGCCACAAAAACAGACGCCUCAAAGCUCCGGAGCUCAUGGUCAUGAAUCUUGCCGUGUGUGAUUUUGGAUAUGCCCUCCUUGGAGCUCCAUUUCUCAUGUAUUCCAGCUUUGUGCACAAGUGGGCCUUUGGAUCAGUCGGCUGCACCUGGUAUGGAAUCCAAGGAUUUUUGUUCGGGAUUGGAAGUCUGUUAACUACCAUGCUGAUUAGCAUUGAUCGAUGUUUAAAAAUCUGCAGCAUUAAAUAUGGUCAGUGGGUAGAGCGUCACCACAUUACUGGACUUAUCCUUUCAGUUUGGUUGUACACCCUGACCUGGGCUAUCCUGCCUGUGUUUGGGUUUGGAAGCUACGGACCUGAGCCUUUUGGGACGAGUUGCACUAUAGACUGGUGGAAGGUGACCUACUCAGCCAAUGACAGACUUUACGUCAUUCUCAUCAUGGCUUUCUGUUUUGGUAUUCCAACCUGCAUCAUUGUGUUUUGUUAUAUUAAAAUCAUCUUUACUGUGCGUGCUUCUUCUCGAUUUGUGGCUUCCAUCUCAGCAAGCACAGUCACAGGCAACACCAAUGAGAUGAAGCUAACUAAGAUUGCUGCAGUUAUCUGUUCCACGUUCUUCCUUGCUUGGAGCCCAUAUGUGGUGGUUUCUUUUUACUCUGCCCUCCAAAGUGCAAGUGUCCCUUAUCUAAAUGCAAAUGCUAGGCCACCAGAAGAGAACAGUCUACCUAGGUUGCCACCAGAGCUGAGUGCGGUUCCUGCACUGUUUGCCAAGUCCCACUGUAUGGUCAAUCCUCUCAUCUAUCACAUCAUGAACAAAGAUUUUCAUUCUCAUGUGAGGAAUCUGUUCUCCAGAAGAUCUAUUCAUAGCCAUUCAGUUGGAGGGAGCACCAAGUUCUCCUCUCUGAGGCAAAGUACAAUCAGCAGGCAAUACUCCCUUGGGCGUUGUGUGAGCCUGGAGAUUGCUGAGCUAGGGACAGAGGAGGACAGAGCACUGGCCAGUGUCAGAGGCCAAGCCUGUUGA